GCAUUUUUACGUCGUGGCUUUGACAUUAAAAGACGGGAAGAAAGGUCGAUCUCCAGCAAGUUAUGAAAACAACGAGUUAGUGACGUACGCCGAGGCAGAAAAAUCAACCGACCCGAAACCUUAUAUCGCUGCAGUAGUAACAUCAAAGAAUGAAAACAUAUUUAUACUUGGUGACGGCCGAAAUACAAGUAAUCCAACAUCACGAAGAUGCAGAUCAACCUCGAGUGAUUACUAUAAUGGUCCGUUGGAACCUGGCACUAACAACAGUAUUUUUCAAAGGAUUUUUAUUAAUAACAAGGUAUGGUCUUUGUUGGUUAUCACACUUUAGAAGUAAAUAUUUCCUGGUCUGAUUUCUCUUCUAAAAGAUAUUUGGCAUUGACACAGAUGCCAAACAUGGUAAGAACAACGUGAUAAAGUCUUUUGUGUAUCUAUAACAACACUGAUAAAUUUUCAUUUUCUUGCUUUACUUUAGAGUGAAUAUUACUCCACAGACUGGAGUUCUGCUUCAAAAACGAACGAUCAACAACGACCACAAACAACGUCAAAAACGAACCACCAACAGUAUAUCCAGGCAAAUAAGUUUACUGUAUUCAUAGAUGAGUUAGGGUUAGAUAGCAAAGUCACGAGUAAAGAAUACACGGUUGAUCGAGAUGAAAUCCAUUAUUCAUAG